AUGGAGCUUCAUUUGAAACUUCACAUUUGUAUUGCUUUCCUCUCAUGUUGUAAGGUUAAUGCUCAGGUGGUGCAAUGGAUGCAGCAUCCAGGCUUGCAGGUGUUGCGCAGCGCGGCACAUUACUGGCCCCUCGAUGAUGUGAGUGGAAUCCAUGAGCUGUGGGACCAGAUUGGGAAGAGAACAGGUUAUGUUAACGGCAGCAACAUAACUCUCAGAAUCCACAACCACACUGUGCUCCCCUCCUCCCAUAACUCUUCCUAUGUGUACACCAAUGACUCCGCAUACACUAACAUAUCCGCGACCGUAGAUAUUGUUGAAGGAAUGGUAAACAAAGGCAUCUUUUUGAAUGGAGAUAAUGGCGGCACUUUUCUCCACUUUGGAACAUUUCAGAAUACCUGCAUCAGUGACCCCAUGCUGUGCGGUCCAGAAGGGAUCACCUUCUCCUUUUUCUGGAAGAACCAAGAGUUGCAGGGCUCCAGGUUUGCAGUUGCGUCUGGAGGAAAAGUGAUCUCCAAUGGUUUCUCGGUCUACACCAAUCCUUUCAGAGGUUAUGUUGAGUUUUACACAAGAGGAAACAACCACAGAUGGAAGGCAGAUAUCAAGGUGCCAGGGCCCUUCUGGACUCACAUUCUUUUCACCUGGACCAAAGCGAAAGGUCUGGACGUAUAUAUAAACGGGACUUUGAACGCGAGGGACAAAGACGGCAUCGUCUCAGAGAACUACGGAGACCCCUAUCCUGACCUGGUCAUCGGCACAGGCAACGGCAAACCGCACGGCCAUUAUGUGACCGGUGCCUUUGAUGAGUUCAUUAUAUGGGAACGAGCACUUUCCCCUGAGGAGAUCCUGCUGUACUACCACGCAGCCACAGGUCAAGACUUAUUUCCUCUCACAACACCCGGCGUCUCUAAGGAAGUUGCCACAACAUCGCCAGCAUUAAGGGCCGAUGAGGUGAGCGCUCCAGGGGUCCGAGACGUCCAAAGCCAAACGGAGCAGGACACCAUGCCAGUGCUGGGCUUCCUCCAGGAACUGCCCAAUCGCACCAUUUCUCACAACACCGCCAACAACCUCACUCAGGCAUUCCUCAAAAGUGUGGAAGAAGUGCUGUCCUCCCCCGGGCUGCCAGAGCAGCAGUCCCCGUCGGUGGUCGGGGGCCUCAUCGAGACCGUGGACCGGGUCAUGGAGCACAUGGUGAACAGCCUGGAGCCUGGACCCUCCUCUCUGCUGUCCGUGGGUGGGACGUCGUUCGUUGCAGAUUAUUCACUGACAAAAUUCCCUCAAAACUACAACCUCCAACAUUACCGUUUCCCCGUUCAGGGCAAGAACUACAUCUCUGUGCCUGGCGAGGCUUUCUCCGCGCAGUCUCAAACCACCAUUGUCGGCCUCUUCUAUCACAACAUCCACAAGUACUACCGGGAAAUCAGUCCGUUCAAAACAAGGAUCAAUGAAGCCUCAGAUUUCAAAGACCAUAAGAUCCAGGUUGCAAGUAACUUGAUCUCUCUAAAAGUGGAACCAUCUCCGGCCUUGUCCAUCAACCUGUCUGGGACCCCACUCAUCAAAAUCGUGCUCACCCACACUCUGACAAAGGAGCAACAGGAUCAAGUCUUAAACCAGAGCAAUAAAAUCUUCCUCUACUGUGCCUUCCUGGACUAUAGCUCAAAAGAAGGAGUGUGGUCCAACGAAGGCUGUGUCCGUUCGGAGGGGAACAUCUCGUACUCUGUGUGCCUUUGUAACCACCUCACUAACUUUGCCAUCCUCAUGCAAGUUGUGCCAAUAGAGCUCACCUCUGGCCACCGGGUGGCACUGUCUACCAUCGGCUAUGUUGGCUGCUCCAUUUCCAUCUUUUGCCUGGCCAUCACUCUGGUCACUUUUGCAGUCCUUUCUUCAGUAAGUACCAUACGCAAUCAGCGAUACCACAUCCAUGCAAAUUUAUCCUUUGCAAUUUUGGUGGCUGAGAUCCUUCUGCUCAUCAGUGCACGCUUUGAUCCAGGCACACUGCCUUGUAAAGUCAUGGCCGUGCUGCUUCACUUCUUCUUCCUGAGUGCGUUUGCCUGGAUGUUGGUGGAAGGCCUUCAUCUUUACAGUAUGGUCGUCAAAGUCUUUGGUUCUGAGGGCAGCAAACACUUCUACUACUACGGCAUUGGCUGGGGGUCUCCGCUCUUGAUCUGUGUGGUGUCUAUGACCUCAGCUAUGGGCAGUUACGGAGAGGCGGAUAAGUGA